AAACCUACAGGAGGGUAAGCUCUCCAGGAACAGGGUUGGAGAGCCCUGUUCUAUUUAAACAUCACUUUGCAGAAGUAAAACUAAAGGUCUUCUAGCUAGGCCUCGUCUUUUCCUCUCUGAGAAAACUAAACUGAGAAGACAUUUACUGGUAGCCCAAACUCUAAACCUCUACUACAGCCUUAUCUGGGCCUCUUUUGAUGCCACAAACAGAAAGCACAGAGACAUUCCCAACACAGAUAUGGCCGCCUCCAGCAGUCUCCUGUCUAAAGAGCACUUCCUGUGCUCUAUCUGUCUGGAUGUGUUCACUGAGCCAGUAGCCAUUCCAUGUGGACACAACUUCUGCAUGGCCUGUAUCAAAGAGUACUGGGAUACUAGUGACCAGUGCCGGUGUCCCAUGUGUAUGGAUAAAUUUGACAGGAAACCUGAGCGUCGCAUCAAUACUCUCUUUUCUGAGAUGGCUACUCAGUUCAGGAAGUCAGUUCAAGGGAAAUCCACCAACCUAGACCAAGGCCCUCACCCAAGGCCCAGCCCAGACCAAGGCCCUGCUCAACCCCUAGAAGUCUCCUGUGACAUCUGUGCUGGGACAACGCUCAAGGCCCUGAAGUCCUGCCUGGUGUGUCAAACCUCUUUCUGUGAGACUCCCCUGGAGCCUCAGAGAGUUGCAGCCUUAAAGAGACACAAGCUGAUCAACCCUGUGGAGAACCUGGAAGACAGGAUGCAUCAGAAGCACGAGAGACUCCUGGAUCUGUUCUGUAGGAGUGACCAGACAUGUCUGUGUUUUUUGCUUGAAAACAGACCACAUGACACUGUCAUGACACUGUCCCUCUAGAGCAGGGUUUCCUAACCUCGGUCCUAGGGACCCCAAGGGGUGCACGUUUUGGUUUUUGCCCUAGCACUACCAGCUGAUUCAAAUACUCAACUAAUCAACCAGCUUUGAUCAUUUGAAUAAGCUGUGUAGUGUUACGGCAAAAACCAAAACGUGCACCCCUUGGGUUCCCGAGGACAGAGUUUGGGAUAUGCUGCUCUAGAGGAAGAGUAUGGAGAGAAAAUGGCUAAACUAGGAAAGGUGAUGGCAGAGGUAGACCAGAAGAUGCUUCCAAGAUAUAGUAAGGUUGAGGAGAUCAAACACUCAGUAGAUCUCAGAGUGUAGGUCUUCACUGCUCUGGUGCGCUCCAUUGAGAGAAGCCAGGCUGAGCUCAUUGAGGAGAAGCAGAAAGCAGCAGAGUGGCAGGCUGAAGGGCUCAUUAAAGAGCUGGAGCAGGAAAUCACUGAGCUACAGAGUAGAAGCACUGAGCUGGAAUAGCGCUCACACACUGAGGUCCACCUCCUCCAGAGCUUCCCAUGUCUGUGCAGCCCUCCACCCACCAAGGACUGGUCUGAGAUCAGUGUUCACAGUGAUCUGUGUCUGGGGACUGUGAGGAGAGCCGUGUCUCAGCUGGAGGAGACACUUAUGAGUGAAGUGAAGAGGUUGGGUGAUGCUGAGCUGGAGAGGAUUCAGUGGUAGACAGUGGAUGUGACUCUGGACCCUGAUACAGCACCUCCUCACCUCAUCCUGUCUAGGGUUGGGAAGCAAAUGAGAAAUGGAGGCAAAGAACAGGAUCUCCCAAACUACCUAGGGAGGUUUGAUUGUUUUCAUUUGAAUGUCCUUGGAAUUGAGGGCUUCUCUUCAGGGAGAUUUUACUAUGAGGUUAUGGUUACGGGGAAUACUGAAUGGGAUUCAGGAGUAGCCAGUGAGUCUAUCAACAGGAAGGGGGAUAUCACACUAAGGACUCAAACUGGAUACUGGACUAUGCAGAAGUAUGGGUGUGAGUACAAAGCCAGUGACACCUACCCUGUCCCCAUCUUUCUGAGAGACACGCCACAGAAGGUGGGGGUGUUUGUGGAUUAUGAGGGGGGUCAGGUCUCCUUUUAUGAUGUGCGGGCCAGGUCUCAUAUCUACUCUGUCACUGGCUGCAACUUCACAGAGAUGCUCUAUCCAUACCUUGGCCACAAAUCCUAAUCCUGAUGGUGAAAUCUUUCCUCUGAUCAGCGCUACAGUCAAUUUGUACAUUGACUGGUGGUUAUUAUCGUUAUUUGUCAGUUUGACAUGAUGAGUAUUGGGCUCUCGAGUGGCGCAGCGGUCUAAGGCACUGCAUCUCAGUGCUUGAGGCGUCACUAC